AUGAAUCUUUGUGUGCCAUUCAGAGUCAGUGUCCAUCGAUACUUUCUGAGAAGCAGUUGUAUGUGCAGGUUGCAGUCCGAGGGUAAGCAAAUGGCAACGUGGGCGGACAUUCAGCGCCUCGUUUCUGAUCUUCAGAGAGUGCAGCUUUCUCAGUCAGCAAAAAAGCUCUCGGAAGCUAACUGCGUUGAGGUGGUGACGAAACUCAUCCAGAGGUCAUUGAUUGAUGUGGUGUUUACAAGAGAUGGGCAUUCGUACAUCACACAGAAGCAUCUUGCUACUGAGGUGCGAAAUGAAUGCGUUGCUCUGGGCGGACGUGCUCCUCUAACCGACAUAGCUACCUCGUUGAAUGUGGACCUUGACCAUGUUGAACGAACAGCACAAAAACUUGUAGAUGAGAAAGUUGGCUUUACGAUAUCGGGAGGAGAGCUUUUUGCAGAGGAGUACGUCACUAAUCUUCAAUCGGAGCUCCGCAUUCUUCUCCAGGAACAUGGUUUUCAAACUAUUUCUUCGUUGUGCAAACAUUGGAAUCUGUCUCAGGAGCUACUUCGUUCUCUACUUUUGGACCAUCUUUCAAGUGACUUUGAUGGGUUAAUAGAAGGCGACACUAUAUAUACCGCCGACUAUCUGAACUGCCGGAAAAAUUUAUUGCGAGCUAUAAUGGCAUCCAUAACUAAACCCUUACCUAUCAGUGCAAUACAGGCUAGAGUUGGUCUACCUGUAGGUCGAUUCUGGUGGGCAUUCGACUCUCUCAUGGAAUCGGAGGAGAUACCUGGAAGACUGAGCGGCUCUAGAUCUUCUCCCAGUUGUACGUACAUCCCUCACAUACACGACAUUCUUGUUCGGCUAUAUGUGCAGAAUGCUUUUCGUCAACAGGAAUACAUACAAACAUCCGUGCUCAAGAAACUUGGUCUGAGUGAAGGCUCCGGAACGAAAAAUGGCCAAGUUGAGCAAAUUCUCAAAGAGGGCAACUCAAGUCUGAAAUUCCAAACACUGCCAUCUAUUUUGCUGUCGAUGCCACUAUUCCAACAGUGCCUUAGCGCAGUCAAGGAAGCGGUACACUCAACGGAUGUUUGUGACGUGCAGUCUGUGCUUCAACCUUUGGCUAUACCUUUCGAAGAGUCGGACUUUGAAGCAAUAGCGGAGAAGCUGAACACAUACGAGGAUGAUUUGCAUAUCUCUGGAACACAUGUAUUUUCGGAUCGUAUCAUUACAAAAACGAUAGAAAGACUGAGUGACCGCAUUGAUGCUUGGGCUCACGAGAUGAUGGGUAAACUUGAACAGGAACGCAAAGGCACUCAUCAACAGCAAAAGAAAGUUGAAGCUGAUGACUGGUCUGAUACGAAGAAAAGUGGAAAGAAGAAGGGUGGUAAAGGCGGUGGUGGAAAGGCUGGUAAAUCUAGUGCUGUGAAUCGCGAUGAAUCUACCUCCACCGCCGUUGGAGUUCCACCUGAAACACUGGAAGAAUGGAUAAUUGCUACUGACGUUGUACCAGAGGAGAUUCUUGACGAUGUUGUUGAGCGGAUUGGGUCGAAGGUAGAUGACAAGAUUCGUGCUCGUCUCACUGAAAUCGCUGCUGCUCAACAAAACGCCGCCGCACAGUCUCAAAAGAAAAGCCUUGCACAGUUGCAGCAGAAAGCUCAGUCUUUGUAUUCAUCCAUCUGCAUGUUCGAAACGGCAAGCACGUCAUUUCCUGAUUCGCUGCAAACUGAACUUCAGCAAUUUCUCCUGCGUACCGUGGGUACAGAACUUGCCAAUGCAGCGCUAACCUGUGCGUCAGGCACAGAAAAUGCUGCGCAAUUGAAAGAAAAGCAACGUGAAGAAACCAUCGCUUCUUUGCCUUUGGGGCUUCGUGACGCAAUAAGCUCAUUGUUCACCUCACUCAAGGGAGAUAACCUCGAAGCCUUCCAUUCUGCCGUGUUCGACCUCUCAUCACCUCGCGCUUUAUCGCUUGCUUUGAGGCAGCCUGAUUCGAAGUCUAGGACGGAGAUACAACAGAAUUACACUGCCGAGCUCAAGGAGCAAGUUUUAUCACAAUCUGAACCAGCUGCUGCGCUGCUAUCAUGUGUUCUGUAUCUUUUGGCGAAGAAUGGAAAACCGGUGACUGCCAGCGGACGUUUUGUUUCACAGCUGGUGCAGCAGCUGGAUGGAGUUGUAGAUCAGGAAGUGUACGAUCUUCUCUUGUCGUGUCAGCGAUUGGUAGUGCAGAGCCUAAAGAACAAGGAUGAUGAUGUUGCGAAAGAAAUGCUGAACGCAGACAUCAAAAAACUGAAACAAGCUGUUGUCUGAACAUAGUUUUUACGGAGUCUUAAUAACUUGAUGAUGGAAAUCCUAAUCUAUGGCUGUUUUGAUGCUUCCUUGGAGGCAAACCUUUAUAUGCUCUGGAUACCUUCGGAUUUGGUGCAUAUCUUGAGUUUUUCUGUUCUGGUCGAUUCGAGUACUAUCCUCUGAAUGUAUUAGUGUCACGUAACUUUUUUCUCCUAGUCUUUUGAGCAUUUGGGUUGGGUAAAUGAGGUAUUGUAUGUUGUGAGGUGCUUACUGAAAGAGAUAUACUAUCAU